GAAAGAAUAUCAUUUGAUCAAAAUGUGCAGCGUCGCCACUUCUGCUGCGCUUCCACCGCCGCCGCCGCGACUGGCCCCAUCCUCGCUGGCGGUGCCGACACAGGUGGACGAAAAUGAAGAGGACGUCGAGGUUGUGACAAAGAAGCGGUGUACGAGCAAUGGCAGUCGAUGGGACGCCAAACCGGCAGAGUCAACCUUGGAACUGCGCAAACAAGCAGUGCGCGACGCUGUUGCAGCCGCCCAACAAGCAUUUCGUUGUCCCAUCUGCCUCGACACGUUCGGAGAGCUUGUGGUUGAGUGCGCCGAGUGCGCGCAUGUGUUUUGCGACCCCUGCAUGAGGGAAUCGCUAAAGCGCAAGGACAAGUGUCCGUUGUGUCGAUGCAACCCAAUGCCACUGCGACGCAGCAAGCCCAUUGAACGACUCGUGGCGGCGUUGCCGGAAUCCUGCGCAUUCCUUGACAACGGUUGCGUGAUGACGUCGUUGACGCGGGCCACGGCAUUCCAGCAUGCUUUGACCUGUGGGUUUGCGCGCUUUACAUGUCCCCAUUGUCGCCAGGUCUUCCUACGCCAUGAGCACGACGAGUCGGUGUGUUCGGCGGAGCUGCAUGCCUGUCCGUUGUCGGCCCUCGGCUGCUCCUUCCGCGCGCGCGUCGUCGACAUGCAUGAGCAUGUAAAAGACCGCGUCCACUUCGACUUGGCGCGCCGCGUGUUGAAGGGCGGCGGUCCCAUCGUCCCCACGAGUGAUAUGGCGACGGCGUUGCGCGCGCUCCUGGAGAUCUCGACGAAGGCGUGGAAGGACACCGACGGCGACCCCGCGCCGCCGCAUGACGAGAUCACGGAGCGAGCGCGGCUCGAGUUUGUCCACGCCAUGCUCGCGUCCAACAUUGUCCCGCCGCCCGCAUGAAGGUGCAUGCUGCUGAUGGCGCGACAAAUAUGUAGAAACCAUGUAGAUUCGAAAUGUAGAAGCAGUAUAUAGCCCUUGGUUCAAGUUUGUGAUUAUGACAAGUAGGACAGAAAACCCAC